GUUUCUUGUCUUUUUUGUUAGGCACAGCAGAGAUGUGAGCAGUGUCAUAUGGACUUUGGGGAAUAUUAUUGUGACAUUUGCCACCUGUUUGACAAAGAUAAGAAGCAGUAUCACUGUCAGCAGUGUGGGAUAUGCAGGAUUGGCCCCAGGGAGAAGUAUUUCCACUGUGACAAGUGCAAUCUCUGUUUAGCACAAGAUCUAGAGGGAAACCACAAGUGUGUUGAAAAUGUGUCAAGGCAGAACUGCCCAGUGUGUAUGGAGGAUAUUCACACAUCCAGAAUUGGAGCCCAUGUUCUUCAGUGUGGCCAUCUUUUACACAAGACCUGCUUUGAUGAUAUGGUCAGAACAGGGGCGUACCGCUGCCCCUUAUGCAUGCACUCUGCCUGGAACAUGGAGGAGCAAUGGGAGCAGAUAGAUGAAGAGAUAUCUCACACACCAAUGCCCAGUGAAUAUCAGAGUGCCAUUGUCAAAGUUGUAUGUAACGACUGCCAGGCUCACUGCACUGUUCGUUUUCAUGUGCUGGGCAUGAAGUGCAGCAGCUGUGGCUCCUAUAACACAGCUCAGGAAGGAGGAAUCCUCCAGUAUCCCCAGCUUCACGCACAACAUCAGCAGCUUGAACUGCAGCUACAGCAGCUACAGCAGCUACAGCAGCAGGAGCGGCAGCAACAGUCAGAGCGGAACCCCGAGGCAGAAACAGACUUGGAGUCUGAGCAGCAAGAUUAGAUUGAGUAGCACCACUACUUUUCUAUUAACACAAACUAGUGAAUUUUGGAGGGUAAAGCUGAUAUUUGUUAUGGGAAUCUGUUGAAGUCGUAGGAACCCAUCUAAACAUGCAAAGCCUGGACAAGUUAAUAUUAGAACGAUAUUCAAAUAUCACAUGAUUAUCUCCAAGAAGUGAGGCCAUCGGAACAGAACAGUAACUAGACAAUAUGGGUAUUCUUGAAACAAGGUCAGUGCCAGGCCCAGAAACCAGGCUAAGACAGGGACACAGAGUAACACUAACAUUGCUGGAGUGGGAACAAAGGGAAAAAAAAGUUUUAGCAUCUUUGCAAAAUACUCAAAGAAAAAUUAUAUCUCAGAUCUCUUAGAUCUGUUUCUUGGCUUUAAGCAUAUGUUUUAAGGAUCCCAUUCCCUAUACCAAAAUCUAUAUAGAGAAUCUAACUUUUUUGCUCUAAGUGACACAAAAAAACGCUGAUUUACUGCUGUGUCAGUUGCUUUGUGUCAAGUACAACAAAAUAACCUGUGUAAACCUUUGAAUCAUCAAAACCUGUGUGCUGCUAUGUGAAAUUGAUGAUUUGCUCCAUCAACCUCGGUGUAAAAGUGUGAGCAGUUUUCACACCAUAUUUAUUCAACCUUUAGCGAAGAUAGCUUAUUUUCCCCUUAUGAACAAAAUAGAAUAAUUGUCUUCAGGUGUUUAUCCAUCUUGUGAUCAUAAAUAAAUGAAUGUGGGGAGAAAUGA